CUGUCCUUCUCUCUAUUCCUUCCUCUACUUUGCGUCCGAAUACAUCAGCGCCCAAGAUGUAUACCAUCCAUCUUUCACGAAAACCGUGGUCAUCCGGCAGAUUCUGAUAUAUAUUCGCCUCUUCGGUAUCGUUCGUACUCACGCACAUUUCCAAUGAUAGGUGCCAUUUGCUGAUUCAGACAAGUACGUCAGGGGCACGGGAACGGUUCCCCGGCGUCAAAUCCUAUCGAUUAUCAUCCGAUUUGAAUCAUAUAUAACUAGUCGAGAAUUGCGUAUCUGGCUAUCUACCCACCAUGCCUGCACAAUUCAGACCAACAUCUAUUCUUCAUCGAACGCCCUGGAGGCCUCCUGUUGCUUCCAGUGCCAAGGGAAUUCAGAUACAGCUCGAGGAUGGAAGCAUUCUGAUAGAUGCCGUUGGCGGUGCUGCCGUUGCGUGCAUUGGUAGCAGCCAUCCGGUGGUCCAACAGGCCAUUAAGGAUCAACUGGACAAAGUUUCCUAUGUGUACAAUAUGCAACUAUCUAAUGAGCCGGCAGAGGAACUUGCAAAGUAUCUGAUCUCCACUGGAAACGGCGCGUUUGAUCUAUGUGGCUUCGUGUCUGGAGGCUCUGAGGCUAUGGAGGGUGUGAUCAAGCUUGCGAGGCAGUACUUUUAUGAAACAGGUCAACUCAAACGCACAAAUUUCAUCGCGCGACAGUUGUCCUUCCACGGAAACACUGUUGCGACGCUCUCGCUCGCUCACCACCCAGCGCGUCGUGCUCCAUAUGAAGGUAUUCUUGAUCAUGGGAACUUCCAUCACGUUUCACCAGCGUAUGCCAAACGAUUCCAAUUACCGGACGAAACCGAGGAACAAUACGUGGAAAGACUGCGAAAGGAACUGGAGGACAAGUUCAUAGAACUCGGUCCUGACACCGUUGUUGGAUUCGUUGCAGAAACUGUUGUUGGUGCAACAACUGGAGUCGUCGCUGCGCCCAAGGGAUACUUUAAAGCAAUGAAGGCUGUUUGUGAAAAAUACGGUGCGUUGUUCAUCCUUGAUGAGGUUAUGAGUGGAAUGGGAAGAAUGGGUUGUUACCACGCAUGGGAAUUAUAUGGCGAUGGCGUCGCACCUGAUAUCCAAGCUGUAGCUAAAGGUCUUGGAGGAGGGUAUGCGUCGAUAGGCGCUGUUCUGAUGUCCAAAAAGAUCGCGGAUGGCAUUCGCGAUGGCUCAGGAUUCUGGAAGCAUGGGCACACGUACCAGGCUCAUCCGCUGGCUUGUGCAGCAUCUCUCGCGGUACAGAAGGUGAUCGAGUCGGAAGGCCUUAUCGAAAACUGUCGGAAGCAAGGCGUUUAUCUCGGUCAGAAGGAGUCUCGACUGAAGGAACGUCUGCAAGGACCCAACGCCUUCGCAGCUCCGUUCAUCUUCGAUAUUCGGGGAGGGGGAGGAUUCUGGGGCAUUGAGCUGGACUUCUUGUGCCCUGAAGCGGCAUCGUACAAUAUCAAGGGCAAACCAGUCGGUAUACUUAUUCAGGAGCGCGCUUUCAAGAAAGGACUUAUCGUCAUGGGGAUGACGGGAGGCGCUGUUUGGGAAGGCAUCGACGGGAACCAUAUUAUGCUUUCGCCUGCUUACAAUGUUACCGCUGAGGAGAUCGAUCAGAUUGUGGAUAUUCUUGGGGAUAGUAUAGACGAGAUAUUGCAGGAACACAAAGCAAAUGGAGGCGAUUGGGUAUCACCGGAAGCCACCGCCAGCUCUAGUUCAUCUAUUCACCUCCCACUCGACUUCGAUUCAUUACCCGCUACUGAACCCCGCUCACUGCGUUCGAGUGCACGGACCAAGGCCGCAAAGAAUAAGUCCAAGGACAACGGAAAGGCAAAGGAACGCGAUACAGGCUCUGCAGAAUCAUCGUCUGCCCUACCAGCGACGGAGUCUACCUCUACAAGGACCACCCGAGCCACCACCAAAGCCAAACGAACGAAAGAAUCCACAGAAAAUUCCAAGCUGAAAGACACAUCUGACGAGUCCUUACGCCAAUCCAGACGAACUCGUCGAGGCGCAGCUUCUACACCGGCAGCCUUAACCAUCAACGAACCACUCAAGGAUCCCAAGGGCAAGAAACGCGCAGCGUUAGACACUAAUUCCGACGACGACGCUUCCGGCCCUUCUUCCAAACGUGCAAGAACUACCGCAUAUUCCCUUCGUUCCCAGUCUAUCUCCAAACAACCAGCUAACAUGCCCAGAAAGACCCGCUCAUCAGCCGCUGUGAAAGGAAAGAUGGCCAUGAGAUCUAAAGCAAUGGCUGUUGCCAGCUCCUCUCGCCUCGAAGACGAUGAUGUUGAUAUGGGUGAUUCUGACUACAAACGAGAAGAGUCUGAUCAUGACGAACGAAUGGAAGACCCCGUCGAUGACGGGAAAGACCACGAAAGCGCAGGAUCAGAAGAUGACCAUGAUCCAGGACCGGGAGAUGGACAUGAUGAUGAAGGAGAUGAUGACGAUGAGGGCGAUAAUGAUGUCUUAAUGCCUUCAGGACCAGGAGGCACUAUACCAGGGGGAUUGGACGAGACGACUGCCAUGGCUAUCUUCGGAGACUAUCGUCAGUUUGGCUCUUACAUGCUUUCGCUCUCCUCUCGUCUCAAGACAAUGCUGAAUAACAUCAAGAGCACUGCGGACCCUACCACUCGCCUGGUGACUCUACAGGAGCUCAGCGAACUGUUAAGCAUUAGUACUGAGGACACUCUGGCUGGCUCAUUCCAGGUAGAGCAGUUUGUCCGGGAACUUGUCAAAAUUCUAGGUGGGCGUGGUGCAGACAACGAUGAAGACGAAGACGCAGAUGAGGAACAUCAUGAGCGGGAUGAAGACGCUGCAUUAGCUGCUGCGUUAGCCAUGAGCGCAGGCGGUAUGUUUCAGGGAGACAGCAACCUGGAAGCUCAGGUGCUUGCAUGCCGAUGCUUGGCCAAUCUAAUGGAGGCACUACCUGGUGUGGCCCAUACUGUUGUGUACCACGGUGCCAUUCCCGUUCUCUGCAGUAAACUCAUUGAGAUUUCAUAUAUCGACCUUGCCGAACAGACUUUGAGCACUAUGGAAAAAAUUUCAGAAGAAUUCCCAAGCUCCAUCGUUCGCGAAGGUGGUCUUGCGGCUCUACUUAACUAUCUUGACUUUUUUUCCAUCGCGGUACAAAGAACCGCUCUUCAAGCUGCAUCAAAUUGCUGCCGCAACAUCUCACCGGACCAUUUCACUAUGAUACUAGGUGUCUGGCCUAUCAUCAGAAAUUGCUUGGCAUACUCUGAUCAACGGCUGGUUGAAUUCGCUUGCCUGUGUGUCAUUCGGGUCGUGGAUUCGUACCAUCGAUCGUCGACCGAGAACCUGGAAUCUUUGGUUGAUACAGCGCUGAUCCGGGCGGUUAACCAGCUUCUCAUGCCUGGAGGUGGUUCUUCCAUGAUUGCGGCAAACACGUUCACGCUUCUGCUUCGUGCGCUCGCUACAGCUGCCAGAUGUAGCCCGAAGAUUACCAUCGCACUGCUUGAAGCGGAUAUCGUUGAUACUUUGUAUCAGAUCCUCACCGGAGUUCUUCCACCCACCACUGAAAAUGGAUACGAACAGGGCAAUUCUUCCGGAGGGCAGGGCCUUGGAGGCGGGCUUGCCGAUAUGACUGUCAUGGAGAACCUUGCACAUAGGCCAAAGGAUCAAGUUGAAGAAGCCCUUAGUUUGAUAUCUGAGCUGAUGCCGCCUUUGCCGAAAGACGGAGUAUUUGACCACAAGGCAUAUACGGAAAAAUCCCUCACAAAGAUGCAGAAAGCCAAGGCCAAGGCUGACCGAGUAGCAGCUCGACAAGCAUCACAGGCGACGUUGGCAGCAGCUCUAAUGGUUUUCCCCGCUGCUGAAGAGGCAGGACCUACAGAGGCAUCCAUAGCUGCACAGGUCCCUCAUGAAACACAUAGAUCCGGGGAAACUAGUCCUAGCGCGCCUCCAGACCGCGCAGAACUGCUUCGAUCAAAGUCUGAGGUCGUUGGACGAUUCAUGAAUCUGACCGUCCCAAUUCUAAUUGAUGUGUAUGCUGCGAGCGUUAUUACACCCAUCCGCGUGAAGACACUCACAGGCUUGCUCAAAGCUAUCAGCUUCCUCGAUGCUGAAGGUCUCAAGCGAGUGUUAACGUUUGUACCCGUCGCCAGCUUCGCUUCGUCGAUUUUGUCCUCGAAGGAUCAUCCCACUUUAGUCAUUGGUGCACUGCAGCUUGUGGACUUGUUGCUCUCCAAAGUCCCUUCCCUGUACAUGCCUACUUUCAAACGAGAAGGCGUGUACCAUGAAAUUGAAGGUCUUGCCACAAGAACCGUCAUAUCUUCAAAAAUCAAAGACAAAGGGGAUAAAGACAAGGAAUCUUCCGAGACUUCGACACCUCCGGAUAUGAGUAGUGCAGCUACAACACCGGCUCCAACAAUUCCGGGCUUUAAGAAGUUGACCUCUUUGUCUAUGGAUCCUGACGAUGCAAUCACGCUGCGAGCCCGUGUCAUAAAAUUCAAGCACUUGUCAGGUGACGACCAGGGCGACUCUGACGUUGGAUUCGACACCCUUCGACGUCUUGUUGAACGUAUAUCUUCCCGAACGUCGUCGGAAAAGGAACUGACAGAAGCGCUUUGGGAAUUGGCGGAUCUUUUCUCUUCGCCUCAUACUUCUGUCUCCAGCUUCGAGCUACUGCAGAGUGGAGUCGUCGAUACAUUGUUAAGCUUCGCAACAGAAACCGAAGGGUUAGUGAGCCUUGCCAGAAGGAAGGAACUUCUGCUUGAUGCACUCGUCAAUCGUAGAGCAAAGCACCUCAGCAGUUCUCAGACGCCGUUCACCAUUUUCGUCAAAAAACUGCAGGAAAGUCUCACCAGAAUGGAGUCCUUUGAUGUUGUUACCGUGGCCCAAAGCUCUGAUGACUCAAAACGAAGUUCUCCUUCUCUUUUGGCUCGACAGCUUCGCCUAAGGUUAGUAGCCGGCGAUGAAUCCGGUGUACCGCGCAACCUUCAUAACAUCGUGGUAUCGAUCCAUGCCAUUGCCACAUUUCAAGCUCUCCAUGAUUAUCUCCGGCCGCGCGUAGCUGGACUUCUAGGAAGCGGAAGUCGUCUAUCUGGCAUGCUUGCGGCUUUGGCGGCAUCAGGCUUCACUAGUGGGCCGUCAUCCCGGAAUGAAGAAGCAGCCCCGACGUCUGCCACAGGCGAUGCCGGUUCAUCUACUCCUGCAGCCAAACUCUCGAUCACUCGCCGUCGAAGUCAGCGUCUUAGUGCAAAAAAUUCUGCGACGGCUGAAUCUUCAGAUACACAUGCCGCCGGUCCGAUACCUAACGAAAAUGCUCCAGAGACUGCUCCCAGUGACACUGUUGUCGAUUCCGAAAUCCAUGCCGACUUUAGUGAUGAUGAAGUUGACGCCGAAGUCUUUGACGAUGACGUCGACCCAGACACUUCCAUAUCAGACAAAACAGUGACACUCUCGGUAGCUGAAGAUGGUACGAAGGUGGAAGCGCAGACCCCUGAUGGCACGCGAGUCGCAACACCGAGUCUUUCAAGUAAAGGCAACGCGCCUUCUCGGUCCUCUUCGUUAAGCAAGGUUUCUUAUGCAGCUGCUUUGAAAACUAAACCUCAGGAUUGGCAUCUGGAAUUUUCGAUGGAUGAUCAUAUCCUCCCAUUGGACUUGACUAUCUAUGGUGCUAUGCAUCAACAUGAGAUGAGGAAGAAUGCCGGGCCCAUCCCGUCAAGCCUGAUUUGGCAGGGUGUUUACACCGUCAAGUUCAAGAAGGUCCAAGGACCUUUACCGUCAUCUGACACAAAUGGAGCCGAAAAUGGAGUUAAGGGUCGGUCUUCUGUACUGUCGCUGACAUCUCUUCCGGAAGAUGCCCCGCAUGCUAAGAUUCUGCGUCUCCUACGUGUACUCCAUCAACUGAACACUACCGAGGCCGAGAGAGCUGUCUUUAAUGGCGAUAAGAGGAAUUUACCCGAAGUCGCUUUUGUGAAUAACAAGCUUACUGCCAAGCUCACUCGGCAAUUAGAAGAGCCCAUGAUUGUCGCAAGCUCUUGUCUACCUGAUUGGGCGCUUGAUCUGCCUCAGCACUUCCCCUUCCUCUUUCCUUUUGCCACGCGAUACAACUUCUUGCAAUCAACCUCGUUCGGUUAUGCCCGACUUAUACUCAAAUGGCAGAGCCAACAAGGCCGUGCGCAGGAUAACUCGCGGCGAGACGAUGGUAUUGGUUUCUUGGGUCGUUUGCAGAGACAAAAGGUCCGGAUAUCUCGCAAGCACAUCUUGGAGUCAGCAGUGAAGGUCUUCGAACUAUAUGGAUCAUCGUCUUCCGUUUUAGAAGUCGAGUACUUUGAGGAGGUAGGUACAGGUCUUGGACCGACACUGGAGUUCUACUCUCUAGUUUCAAAAGAGUUUGCAAGGAAAGAUCUCAAGUUAUGGCGGGACAAUGAUCUACCUGGCUCCGGCAUAUAUGUCAAUCAUCCGGUGGGACUGUAUCCGGCUCCAAUAAGUCCGGAGGAUAUAGCCAGCGAUGGCGGACAAAAACGCACGCAUGUCCUCAGAGUCAUUGGCCAAUUCGUUGCGAAGGCAAUGCUCGACUCUCGUAUUAUCGAUCUGUCGUUCAACAAGGUCUUCCUCAAGCUCGUUUUGGGCGAGGAAGUUCCUGUGACAGUGGCGACUUUGCAGCUUGUGGAUGCCGAUCUCGGGAAAUCGUUAAUCGAGGUACUCAACAUUGUCAGUACGCAGAACCAAAUCCGCGCCGAUAAGUUAUCAAGAAAGAUUGCCAUGGUUGAGUCCAUUGAUAUUGAGGAUCUUGCGCUCGAUUUCACGAUACCUGGUUAUGAUAUCGAAUUGCGGCCGGGGGGACGGGACAUUGCCGUUACCGCUGAGAACGUCAAUGAGUACGUUGAAGCAGUACUUGAUGCUAUUAUCGGCAAAGGUACUGCACUGCAAGCGAAGGCUUUUCGCGAAGGAUUCUCCAAAGUUUUCCCUAUAUCAGACCUUCAGGCUUUCUCAGCCGAUGAGCUGGUCAUGCUCUUUGGCAAUUCUGACGAGGAUUGGAGCAUCGAGACUCUUAGCGAAGCUUUGAAAGCUGACCACGGUUUCAAUCCCGAAAGUCGAGCCAUUCAUGAUCUUGUCGAAAUACUGGCGGAUUACGACGCUCCCACUCGUCGUGAUUGCUUGCAGUUCAUCACUGGAAGUCCCAAGCUCCCUAUCGGAGGUUUCCGUGGCUUGAACCCACCUUUAACAGUGGUCAGGAAACCCCACGAAGCACCCCUUACGGCAGACGACUACCUGCCCAGUGUCAUGACAUGCGUGAACUAUCUGAAAUUGCCAGAUUACAGUUCGAAAGAGGUCAUGCGGGAAAAGCUGCGGGUUGCCACUAAAGAGGGUGUAGGAAGUUUCCAUCUGUCGUAAAUAAUUGUGCAGAGAUUGAAGAGAAGUCCUUGAGUCAUACGAACUGUAUGUAAUAUUUUGGUUUUCUUUUUUUCAUGUUCUAGACGUCAGGUUACAUACAGUACAACAUCUUUAUCACUACCCGGGAUGUGAGAUCUUGUAAACUUCAAGACGGUAUGUCCGCGCAGGUAAAUACCGACAGCAGUGUUCUGAUUCAGGGUAAAUGUGAGCUAAAUCAUUGGCUGGGUUGUGUUUGUCAACGCAAGGAAACAUUGCAUAGCAUAU